UUAAUAAACAUGUAUUUUGUGAGUGGAGAGUUCAGGUAUUUAAAAAAACAAAACAAAAAAACAAAACACAAGCUGUAUGGCUGUAAUAAAUACUCCAAACCUUACCGUGCACAAAUAAAUAAUGAACCUAAUAUUUGAGUUGGAAUAUGUUCAUAAAAUAAACAUGUACUGAAUGAGUUCUUUCUUUCUUUCUUUCUUCCUUUCUAAAGAAAUUGAAGCAUUCCUGGCUGCCAAAAGGUUGACAUUACGUAAACCUAACCUACACUAAACCUACUAAUUAUUGAAGGCCCUGUAUGUUUGGUCAAACACUGUGCGUGUGUAAGUGUGUGUGUUUGUGUGUGAGAUAGAGAGAGAGAAUUUAUAAUCCCAGCCCUAAAUCUUUACUUGUGCUUCAGCAUCCUCCCCCAACACACACACGCUGUUCCAGCCCAAGCCGUACCUGCACCCGCUGCUGUUAUUCCUCUCCAGUGGCGUGGAAAGGAUGAGUUUAACAAGCCGCGAUGUGAUGUGAUGUGUGUAGAGCUGCUUUUAUGGCUCUCCAUUGGCCCACCUACCUGCCAAUCACACCACAGGCCUUGCCUAUGACUGUAGGGCUCGAGAGAGCCAGUGUAAUGCUUUUAAAUGAGAGAAUGCAUCCAUCCCAGUUAGUUCGUCUCCCCACCUUGCUCCUGUACAACACUCGCGCUGACUUGGUGCUCUCGCGUGCACUCGUGCUCUCACUCCCUCCCUCGCUUUCGCUCAGCCAGGAUCUGGAGCCACGGGUGCCGUCCAACUGUAGGAAGAAGCCGCCUGUGCCCAGGCUCCCUAAGGAGGCGUUUGAGCAGCAACCUGCAGCUGCUACACCCCCGAGAGACCUGGACUCAAAAGCCUGCGUUACCAUCGGAGAGAAGAAUUUCGAGGUGAAGGCAGAUGAUCUGGAGCCGAUCGGAGAGCUGGGAAGGGGGGCAUAUGGAGUGGUGGACAAGAUGAGGCACGUGCCCAGUGGCAUAAUCAUGGCUGUAAAGAGAAUCCGGGCGACGGUGAACAGCCAGGAGCAGAAGCGGCUGCUGAUGGAUCUGGAUAUUUCAAUGAGGACAGUGGACUGCUUUUUCACAGUAACUUUCUAUGGAGCGCUGUUCAGAGAGGGUGACGUGUGGAUCUGUAUGGAGCUAAUGGACACCUCACUGGAUAAGUUUUAUAAGCAGGUCCAUGAGAAGGGUAUGACCAUCCCAGAGGACAUCCUUGGCAAGACAGCCGUCUCGAUUGUGAAGGCUCUGGAACACCUGCACAGCAAACUGUCAGUGAUCCACCGAGACGUGAAACCUUCCAACGUGCUGAUAAACAUGCAGGGUCAGGUGAAGAUGUGUGACUUUGGGAUCAGCGGCUACCUGGUCGACUCGGUGGCCAAAACCAUGGACGCUGGAUGCAAACCCUACAUGGCGCCGGAGCGGAUAAACCCAGAGACCAAUCAGAAGGGAUACAACGUCAAGUCUGAUAUCUGGAGUUUAGGAAUCACCAUGAUCGAGCUGGCUAUCCUGCGUUUCCCAUACGACUCCUGGGGGACGCCGUUCCAGCAGCUGAAACAGGUGGUGGAGGAGCCGUCCCCUCAGCUCCCCGCUGACCGCUUCUCCCCCGAGUUCGUGGACUUCACGACACAGUGCUUAAAGAAGAAUUCCAAAGAACGGCCAAACUACACAGAACUCAUGCAACACCCCUUUUUCACCUACCACGACUCCAAAGAGACGGACGUGGCCAGCUUCGUCAAGGUCAUCCUGGGCGACUGAGUGCCUCUUUUCUCAGUGAAGGCGGGGCAAAGCGGGACUAAUUCUACAGAAAAAAAAAAGAAGAAAAAAAAAAAAACCUAAAUCCAACCACCCAAUUGCAAGACUGACACCUGUAAGCCACGCCCAGCUCAGGCAGCAGUGCAGGGGGCUCAUAAGAGAGAGGCUAAGGGAGGGGGCGGAGACUGAAUCUAAGGGGGCGGGAGAUUUCCUAGGAACACAGAUGAUGGGCAGGGAACGGGGUUCUGUGUGUGUGUGUGUGCGCGUGCGUGUGUGCGCUCGUUUAAUUAGCACGUGUUAAUUAAAGGAGGGUGUUAAAAAGUCUCGAUCUAAUUAUUUUUCUCCCAUGCAAAACCAUUUAAGAUGCCAGUUUACUUUACAGCAUUAUAACAUGAACACACGAAUAAAGAGGCGCGAUUAUUGAGAGAUUUAUAUGUUCUAUAAAUGUGUACUAUUAAAAGGUGCGAUAAAUAUAUUGUGGGUUUCAAAUCACGGUUUUUUGUGACGCAAAAAUUGCUUCGUGCUUCGGAAAAGUCCAGCCUUUUAAGAGCUGAUCUCAGGUCAGUUUUUAAACGUGCCGUGAAUAUGCAAGGUCAAUAGUUAAUCGCUCAGAACUGAUCCGGCGGGGAAUCGUGCAUUGUUUUAAGUAAGUAUCGUGUUAUUGUCUUGGGUUGGGGGGGUGGGGUGGGGUGGAAUAUCCUUAUUAAUUCUAAUCCGGUCACUCGUUCCUACAUUUUUGCACUCUCCCAGCUCCUAACACACCUGCACCGUGUGAUCUGCAUUCUCAAUGAAUUGAAUCAGGAACUGGGACGGAGCAAAAAUGUGACGUGCACGGGGGGGGGGGCUGUCUUAAAUUAAUCUGGCUCACUGAGAAAUCCAGCAGGACCCUUCAUGAAGCGUGUUUGUGUGUGUGUGUGUGUGUUUGCUUGUAUGUGUGUAUCUGUAUUAAGGUUAUCUGGGGAAUUGGUAUCUUUUUUUGGUCUGUUGCUUCAUCUAGUCCUCUGUUCUGAGCCAAUCAAGAGAGUUCUCGCUCUGUGUUCAACUGCAAUUCAACUGGAAAUUAUUACUGUUAUUGCCAUGAUGAUGAUCAUUAUUAUUAUUAUUAUUAUUAUUAUUAUUAUUAUUACGAUAUCCCCACAUUAUGAGAACAUGCGUAUUAACCCGUCUUGAGGUGUUUUGCAGUUUCUGUAUUUAUUGUAACUGCUGUUUUUUUUUUGUUUUUUUUUCUUCUCUCUCAUUGAAAACUUGACAUUUUUGUUUCUUUUUAAUUUUAAGGUGUGUGCGAAUGUAGCUUUUGUGAGUGUGUGGGGGAGAGAGAGAGAGAGAGAGAGAGAGAGAGAGAGAGUGUGUGUGUGUGUGUGUGCGUGAGAGAGAGAGAGAGAGAGAGAGUGUCUGUAUGAAUAUUGUAUUACAGUUUGGACACACGUAGCUGACACUUCUCUGAAAGUCUCACCGUGACUCAGAAGCCUAAUUUGUGCCUCUUUAUAGAAAAAAAAAAAAAAGAUCUACAGUACAUUAAACAGAAAAAUGACAAAAACCCA